AAAAAAAAAGAAGAAGAAGAAGCUCUCUGCUGCGAUCAGACGGUGGACCUGUACAUGUAGCCAUAUUCUUGUUAUGAUAAACGGAAUAUUUAACACAUUUAAGGAUUGUGUUAAUACAUAUUAAACGAAGGGAUAUAUUCUUAGUUUAUAGGCUGCUAUAACCGUGUUUUGUCCUUUGUUGUGUACGCAGUGUUAGCCGUCGUAGCUUGACGUGGGCCCUGCUCCAAGGUUGCGAACAUGUCAAGAUCAAGCUCGAGAUCGCCUCAUUACAGGAGGUUCCCCUGGGAGGAACCUGACUUUGAUCCUCGGACAGUUGUUGACAAAUUGGAUGGAAAUCCUCAGGACAGGGGCCACCAUCCCAGAGAAGGUCCUGAAGAUUUUAGGGAUCCCUACUGGGAGGAAAGGUACCCAGGGGGUCCAAGAAGAUCUCCUUUCCGGGAUGACUUUCACUUUAGACACCAGCGACAUUCAGACCAUGAAGGGUUUCACAGAUGGGCAGAGUCACCACCCCGUGAUGCAAUACCGUUAGAAGACCGGAGGUUUUCCCAGAGAGACGAAGGAGGUUCUGAUGCUGACAGACACAGAACGGAAUUCAGGGAUGACUUUUACAGGUUUGAUGAAAGACGGGAGAUACCUCCGACUCUCUUGCCAAGACUUAGGGGAUCGUCAAACACUCAGAGGGUUUACGCAGAACACCAUACAAGGAAGGCCUGGGAGGGUCGGAGGAGUGAGGAGCAGGACAGGGAUCAGGGAAGACCCAGAGACUUUAGUCCUGGUAUAAGGUCAGAUGACCAGCGAGCUGAAGAAAUGCUAAAAGAAGGAAGGUUCCCAGAGUAUCCUAACAGAGGUAGACAAAGGGAGGGCUGGGAUCCUGCUUUUAAAAGACCAAGACGAGAAAUGGAUUUCGUCGAUCAUCCUGGGUACAGGGAGGAGAAGGACUUUGUGGAUCGCGGUUACUCUGUGCACAGACCCAGAGGCGGGUUUAGAGACCGGACUCUGGGAAGCCUUCCCCGUGAAGACUCAGGACCUUUUGUUGGCGAACACGAUCACAGUGUAGAACGUGGAAGGAAUCAGCAGCAGUUCGAAAACUUUGAAGAUCGCAGAAAUGAUCCCAACUUUGAUCUUCAGAGAAGUCCCAGUUCAGCGGGUUCUUCCCAGGAGCAUUUCAGGAAAUCCACCAGCCGGCCUAGGGAGAACAGCAGAGGGAAACAUUUUCAAAACGAUUCCAGACACGGCAACUAUCAGGAACCAAGGAGAAGUCCAAACACUAUGAGAUAUGAUCAGCAAGGAGGCCCUGAAAACUAUCGAGGGAGGGGAAGGGAGCUUGACGACCGAGGUCCAAGAGGAAGAGCCGAACCCAACAGGAAUCAACCGCGAUACCAAGACCGUACCCAGGGUGGGCAGAGGCCAGACCACCACCCAAUCAGAGAUGAUUAUGAGAAGAUCCCAAACUGGAUAGAUGAAGACAAAAUCCAACAAUGGAGACAAAGCAGGUCCAGAAGUCUGGAACAGAACUCGCCGAGGGACGACCUGGACCCCAAAAGGCCCCCUCAGAGGAACCAAGCGUGGAGUGAUCGGCAACCUGAUAACAUGACGGUUAUAACAAAGGAAACGCUCACCAUCAAUGUGGACAUGAGCCGACCCCUUAGCAACAACAGCCCCCUGUGCUACUCAACAGACAGACUGCUCUCCAUGGACCUAGUCAACGCGGGCCGCACGCGGCAGGACUUCAUGCCCCUGUUGGAGCACUCGGGGAUGUACCGGGAGAAGGCUACACACACAGGGACUUUUGCCCAGGAAAUCAUCUCGUUGGUGCACUUUGUCAAAGAACAGUACUUCAGAGGUGAUGGACUCACCCUCAACAAGCGUUUUUCUGCUCCUCAGAAAGGAGGAUACUCUCAGGACGAUUCAGAGGAGCUAACUUUGAACCAGAGGUUCAGUUCCUGCAGAGGCUUCAGUUUAAACAUGGACUCUAUAUUUGAUGAUGGAGAUGAUGAGUUUCUGUUUUCCAAACUGGGAUCCAUGCAGGGGGUGAGCAAUCAUCCAAAACGAGACCCAAGUGACCUCAGGCACGACCUGGAGAGGAGGAGACAGGAGAAGCUGGAAGCAGUCAAAGUUACCAUCGCCGGGAGCAGCUUAUCCCAGCAUUCCCAGUCGUCAGACAGCGAGCCAGACCUGGCACCUCCAGUGGACCACGAGGGAUACCCUGGCAGCGCGGGAGACCAGAACAGAAGCCGAGAAGGCAGUGUGGAGAGGGGAUUCAGGAAAGGAGCUUAUAAUCGACCCAAUAUGAGCCCACAGAGGAGAAAAGCCCCGCUUGGAAAAGAGAGAGUGAAGAAGCACAGCAAUCCUCCAGGUAACUUUCUGUUCUCCUUAGGUUAAUUAUUACAACUUCUGAUUGAUGUAGAGAUUUU